UCUUCUUCCUCCACCCCCCCCCCCCCCCAAUUUUCUCGCGAUAUUUUCCCCACUUAUACACACCCAAUACGCGUACACGAUCCCACUUUUCUUCAACCGCCAUUGAUGCACCUUAAAUCACCAUACAACCUCCGUUUUUCAUCUUCAUCGUCUUUAUCUACACAAACCCUAAUAUUGUUUUCCGUAAAAGUUACCACCCACAAGAUCUGAUUCACAUUCACUCAAUUUUUCCGGCUGUUUUUUCAGUCAAAAAAAAUGUCAGGGGUGAAAACUGUAGUUUUGGUAUUGUUGACGGGCCUGUUUUGCACAUGGUGGAAAGUGGAGGGGCUGGGUGUAAACUGGGGGACGAUGGCGACUCAUAAGAUGGAUCCGAAAACGGUCGUGCAGAUGUUGAAAGAUAACGGGAUUAAUAAAGUUAAGCUGUUUGACGCCGAGCCGUCGACCAUGAGCGCGUUAGCCGGCUCUGGGAUUGAAGUUAUGAUUGCUAUUCCCAAUGAUCAGCUCUCGGCUUUGAAUGAUUAUAGCCGAGCUAAGAAAUUUGUUCAGAAGAAUGUCACUCGGUAUAAUUUUAACGGCGGUGUUGAUAUCAAAUAUGUUGCUGUUGGCAAUGAGCCAUACUUGAAAGCAUACAACGGUUCAUUUUCCAAAACAACCUUUCCAGCACUCCAAAAUGUCCAAAAUGCCCUUAACGAAGCCGGCCUCGGCGACAAGAUCAAAGCGACCGUACCCUCAAACGCAGACGUUUACGGCUCCCCAACCGAUAACCCGGUCCCAUCCGCGGGCCGAUUCCGGCCCGACAUCAAUGACCAAAUGGUCCAAUUGGUUCAGUUUCUAGCCCAAAACAAAGCACCCUUCACAGUCAACAUAUACCCUUUUUUAAGUCUCUAUGGGAAUGAUAACUUUCCUAUUGAUUUCGCUUUCUUUGACGGUGCGCCGCAGCCCGUUGUCGAUAACGGCAUCCAAUACACGAACGUUUUCGACGCUAAUUAUGAUACUUUAGUGUCCGCGUUAAAGGCUGCGGGUUACGGUGACAUGCCGAUUAUUGUCGGGGAGGUCGGGUGGCCCACCGACGGGGAUAAAAACGCGAACGUUAACAUGGCGUAUCGGUUCUACAACGGGCUUUUACCCCGUCUUGCUUCCAACAAAGGGACACCACUUCGGCCCGGCCCGAUAGAAGUGUACCUUUUCGGGCUUAUAGAUGAGGAUGCCAAGAGCAUUGCCCCGGGCAACUUCGAACGGCAUUGGGGGAUUUUUCGAUAUGACGGGCAGCCCAAGUUUGCUAUGGAUAUUUCGGGCCAAGGUCAGAACUCGUUUUUGGUACCGGCCCAAAACGUGCAGUACCAAGAGAAGAAGUGGUGCCAGUUUAACCCGAACGCGAAAGAUUUAAGUAAACUUGGGGAGAAUAUUAACUACGCUUGUACUUUCGCUGACUGUACGCCACUCGGGUAUGGGUCUUCGUGUAACGGGCUGGACGCGAAUGCGAAUGCUUCUUACGCGUUUAACGCGUAUUUUCAAGUGCAAAACCAAGAUGAAAACGCGUGUUAUUUUCAAGGUUUGGCUAUGGUAACGACACUCAAUAUCUCGACCGAGACUUGCAGGUUUAACAUUCAGAUAGUCGGGGCGUACUCUUCGGGCUCUCGCGCAUCGGUUUACAUAUUUGUAUACUUGAUUAUUCUCGCAGUUUUCGCGUUAUAGAUUUCAUUUUUCAGUCUUAAUUUUGAGAUAUUUCAUUGCUCAUUUACUAAUUUAUGUUACAUUUAGGUUUUUUA